AUGGGACAAGCUCUGGUUCUGAUCUCUCCGUACACCUUCUCCGCCAUCGGAAUCGCCAUAUCCAUCGGCGUCUCCGUCUUCGGCGCCGUCUGGGGAAUAUAUAUAACGGGGAGUAAUUUAAUCGGUGCUGCCAUCAAAGCUCCUUGCAUUACCUCGAAAAAUCUAAUCAGGGUUAGCUUCCCGAUUGAGGGUUUCGAAUGUAGCUUGAAAAAUUUGUUCAAUCAAAGAGCUAUGAAGAAAGGCGGAGGCACCUCAGUUCGUGAUGGAGAUAAAGGGAAGAAAAUGGGCGGCCAGGAUUUCAUCAAGAACAGGAAGAAGAUGAAGAAGAAUGUGCAGAGGUUGGGCGGCAAAGGCGGCCUGUCGCUCGAAUCAUUUGCGAAUGCUAAGACCAGGAACGACCAAUACAACCCUUCUUUGAUCAAGAAGCAAAGAGAGUUCUAUAAAAAUGCAAAGUAUGUGAAGAAAUAUAAGAGAUCAUUGAAGCAACAAGAGCAACCGAAUAUUCCUUUUACAUACGAAAGAUCACCUGAGAGUGAAAAUGAGAAAAAGGAACAUGGUCAUGUUAACAACAAGGGCAAGAAGAAUGCACGGAGUCUUGAAGACUUGUACAAGAAGAAGCGUGAGGAGGAAGAAAAUACCAGGAAGGAGAGAGAAGCUUUGAUUCAGGCAAAGAGGGAAGAGAGAGAAAGAGUCGAAGCUCAAAGGAAAUCACUCAAGGAGAAAAUGUACAAGAAAACGAGGUCUGGUCAACCUGUGAUGAGAUACAGAAUCGAGCAUCUUUUGGAAACAAUUCAAGCCAUACGGCGCCGUUUUGAAGGUAAGAAGAAGAAAGGAGAAAAAAACAUGGUGGAGCUGAAGAACAAUGGCUCGUCCCACUGGUGGUGGUUGGACAGCCACAGCAAGGGAUGUUCGAUUCGGUCUCCGUGGCUCCAGUCGACCCUCGCCGAUCUCGAUGAGAAGACAAGAAAAAUGCUGAAGCUGAUAGAUGAAGAUGCCGACUCGUUCGCUCAACGUGCCGAGAUGUACUACCGUAAGCGUCCCGAGCUCGUGUCCAUGGUCGAGGACUUCUACCGGGCCCACCGCUCCCUAGCCGAGCGGCACGAACAACAGGCCAAAUCUGAAUCGGGCCUGGCCCGAUUCCCAACUCAGUGGACCCCACAAUCCCCCCCUCUAUCCUUCUCAAAGUACCGUCUCGACAAAUCCCCGAGCCUCAGUGACAGGGCUUAUGACAGCUACUCGGAGGCACGUGGGCCCGAUUUUUCGGACGAGUCUGAAGUGGACGACCCGGAAGUUGAAGAUGAAGAAAUUUUAGAAAACAUGAGCGAAAAUGAGGAUUUUAAUAAGAUUAAGAUCGAGAGGCUUAUGGAAGAAGUCGAGAGGCUGAGGGAGGAAAAUCGGGCUCAAAAAGAUCGACUUGCGGAAAAGGAUGAGGAGAAGAGGGAAGCUAUUAGGCAGUUGAGUUUGGCGGUCGAUUUAUUGAGAGAUGAGAAUACGAAGCUUAGGGAGCAUUUGGCUGCGAAGAAGAAAACGAGACCUAAGAAUGAAGGUAGAGUAGAGGAAGAAGGGUUUUUCGGGAGGUUUUUCGGAGGACUUUCGGGGAAGUUAUUAUUACCGGCGGCUACUACUAAUCUGGUCGCGGUGUAA